UCGGCGUCGUGGUUCCGGUGGUAUGUUAAUUGUGAAGAUGGGUAGAUACGCAUAUGGUUGAAGAGAGGGGCGAUGAUCGUACUGCCAGCAUAAUCUAUCAUCGUGCUUGUUCGAAUUUCAACAAUUGCAUAAGAUGACUUGAGAUCCCCGAGUCAGAAAUUUUCAGAAGCUUUCGGUGAUUUGUGUCUUUUCAGAAGUUCUCAGAAUCGGAAAAUAAAGCACGUAUUUACUUUUGGAACAACAUAGGUACGAUGAAUGAAAACCAAAUUGUUGUUAGGCAUGAAUCAGAAGGUGGCAAGACUCCCACAACGCGUGACGAAUCACAAGAUGUUAGUACGAUUACAAAGACCAUUAAAGGCCGUGGUCCGUCAAAAGGUGUUAAAGUCGCUAAGCCUAUGUUCCUUGAGUAUAAUGUAUAUAAUGUCCCCGAUGGACAAUGGUCUCAUGAAUACGGGAAGCAAGUUGGGAGUUGUGCUACUAGAAUUAAUAUUAACGUCCCAUUAUAUCCAAAGGUAGAUGAGCAAAUCAAGAAGGGGUUUUGGGAGGAGACUAAGCUUAUGUUCCACAUUACUGAUGAUUCUAAUCAUUCGAGGGAGAAAUAUUUUCAUUCUUGUGUGGCGAAACGAUUUAGUUGUUUCAAGAGCAAGUUGGUGCGCCGAUGGAUAACUAUGAAGGAAAAGAAGCCAAAAAAUCAAACAAACAAGAUGCCUUGGGAUGUCUACAACCAUAUCACAGAGGAUGAUUGGAAGACUUUUGUUAAACAUUAUUUCCUGCCAGAGUCAUUGCUUCGUAGUGAAAAGGCGAGGAAAAGUGCAUCAUGCAACAAGAACCCACAUUGCACCGGCCAAAAGGGUUAUAAUAGAAAGCGACUAGAUUGGAUAAAGGAUGGACGACUUCCACCAGAUGCAGCUUUACCUAUCUCGAGUAGCUCCUCGGUGAACUCAUCAGUGACCUCAAAUGUUAAUAGAGUUAGAAAAUACAGAUCAAAGGAGUGGAUUUUGGCCCAUCAAGUACAAAAUAAAGAGGGAAAGUGGGAAAUUGACCCGAACGAUACAGAAGUUGUUGAAAUCGCAACAAAAGCUUUAGAGUACAUCGCAGAAGAGGAAAAAGGAAAUCUUUCUUUCGAACAGGGUGAGGAUGCCCUCACUAAAGCUAUAGGGAAAAAAGAUCAUCGUGGGCGUGUCAAGGGAACAGGUGGCAUGGUUGGUAUCAAAAAGGCUUUCGGUCCGUGUAUUCGACAUAGUAGAAGUGACCAUGGUGAAGCUUCAUCAGAAAAUUACGAAUCAAUCAGAGCUUCUGUGAAAAAGGAGUUUGAAGGUGAAUUAGAGAAAAGGGUAGAGAAGAGGGUGGCAGAGGCCCUCCAAAAGCAACUAAGCACCUUGUUAAAAACAGGACAACUAAACUCCAUUUCUACCCCGAUACCUGAUGACCUCCACUUAAAUGAUUCUGCCAGAGUUGACCUUGAUGUUAGUGCUACAAGAACCACUCGUCACAUCUUAGUGCCGCAACCACGCGAGCUAAAGGAAAGGACUCCAUGUCGUCUUGCCCUUGAGGAGAAAGUUUCAGGCAACAACAUUGUCGUGGCGGAUGGUAUGGUACAACCCUCAGAUGGUGCAUUGCCCCAACAUUUUACAUCGAUGAAGCCUGGUCACUAUAAAGUCCAAGUUGAUUUUGUUUACGACGGACAUGUUGAUGAUAUUCUUCCGGUACCUACGGGAGAUGGUUUCACUAACUUAGGCGGUGCUCUGGGUAGUUUUGUGCAAUGGCCCAUACACUUAGUGAUUUUCGAAGACGGCGAGGAUUGUAUUUCACCUCCUAAAAAGAAGUCCAAGUCUAAUGUUUCUAAAGAGAGGGAUGGUAGCUCCAAGAAAAAGACAACGGUGUUAGCGGCCCAAAAGAAGACAACAGACUUACCAUCCAAGGUAAACCCUCUAAAACUCAUUCGAACCUAA